UGACGAAGAUAAUACUCCAAAAUAACCGGUGUCCCCGACACGGAGUUAGUCAGCUCUGAACAUUAAAGAAAGUACAAAUCUAUGCUAUAUGUGCCGCCAGUUCGCCCGUAUCAGGGUUAGAGAUUGUACAAGGGCACAUCGCCGAUUAACUUCCGACUUCUAAUGACUCGUCAUUCUCGCCGAAGUAAACUGCCAGCAGACGUAAAGGACCUAAUUUUGACGUUCUUGCCCACUCGAGACGCCGCCAGAACCGCUCUUCUCUCUACCAAUUGGAUGAAUGUUUGGUAUAAUCACGGGCACCUUGUGUUUGAUUCAGACUUCUUCCGAUUUUUCAGAUUAACCCAUCAUCGCCUUGAUUGCAUCAAGACAAUAAAUAAUGUUCUCAUGCUCCGAGCCGGCCAAGUUACCAAAUUUGAGCUUCACAUUAACCAUAGGGAUGAUCCUACCCCGGAGCAGUCUGAUCUGUACCGGUGGUGUCUUUUCCUGUCAAGGAAGGGAAUUGUGGAGCUUGAGCUCUCCAUUUCAUAUCCCCGUCCGAGAUAUACUUUGCCCAAUUGUAUACUCUCUUGCCCGACAAUAAAUCUUCUCCUUCUCCGCGGGUUCGUUCUUGAUUGCCCCGUUGAACCCCGCAAUGUGUUUCCCAGUGUCCAGUUAUUAGUUUUGGAAGAUGUAGAGUUUAAGCCGAAUGUUAGUGGAAUUGCCACCAGUUUUCCUAAUCUUAAGGAGCUGGUUUUAUUUCCUUGUGACGGGAUCAGUAAUUUUGUGUUUAAUGCUCCAAAGCUUACAGGCUUGGGUGCAAUUGUUUCUCCUUAUGUGACUGAUGAAUGGGGAUGUUUUGCUCUUCAUCAGACCCAAAUUCAGACUCUUUUAUUGUCUACGGAUCCUCUGUGGGUGAGUCUGAUAAUUUACUGUCACUACAUUUUCUUAUAAUUGACAGAAACAACAAAAGAUGAGUCUUUGUCACUGUUGGUAUAUCAAAAAUGAUGUUUGUACAAUUGUACCCACUCUUAUACCUACUUUUGUACCCACCUAUGUUUGUGAAGUGUUUUUUUCUUUGAACCUCGUUUCACAGACAAUAUUUUGCACAAACAAAAUAUUGUCCGUGAAUCGGGUUCACGGACAAGAUAAAACACUUCACAAACAUGGUGGGUAUAAGGUGGGUAUAAGAGUGGGUACAACAAGCAUUGUUGGUUGAUAUAUUGUGUGGAUGACACUUUUGGUACUUUUUUGUUUAACUUUUUCACUUUAGUUCUCCUACAUUUGUCGUAGUAACACUUUUGGCCCUAGUGAACGAUGAGUAGCAAAAUGUCAGCUUCAUUAAAUUGUAGAAUAUAAAGAAGGCACUAGGCAGCAUAGUUGAUAUGUUGUAAUAGUCAAAAGUCUAAGUGGAGGCUUAUGAAAGUUUGUAUUAAAAGGAGAAAAGUGUCAGAUCAGUACAUCAAAUUAGUACAUCAAAUUGUGAGCGAGGGAGUAAAGAGUACAUAAUUGUGUUAGCGUGACUAAGAAGUCCCUUAACUCGUAAAAUCAGUGUUAAUUUAGUACACUCAGGCAUUAGGAGUUUAAAACUCUGAGUUGGCAAACAGAUUAGUGAUAUGGCAUAAAAAACAAGCCACAUCAUCCGGUUACAACCCUACCUUGUAAGCCAGGUCUGCAGUGCAAGGGUUUCAGGUCUUACAGUCGCGGUUUAUCCUUGCCGCCGCCGCCCUCCAUUCGUUGCCCAUCAACGCCGCCGCUGCAGCAUCGCCUCCUUUCGCAUGAGUCAAUAGGCUUACUCUAUUCAACUUUCUGCCCACUUUGAUUUAAAGAGGUCUCUCGACUCUUUUUCUUUAACUUAAUUUUGGGUUCGGUUGCAGCUUAAUCUAGAUUGAUUUACAAUUCUACUAAUUCACCAAAUUUUAUUUUGAUUCCACUCUCUCAUUCAAUUCAGACAUGUAUCCUUCUCGUGGGACUAACACGUAUGGCCAGCAGCAGAGCUACUCAUAAGCCGUGUAUCAGCAAAUGUAUGCCCUGUUCGAAUUCUGUUAUGCCCUUUGAAUCUUAAUUUUAAUAAAAAAAACAAAAGGCUGCAUUUAUUUAUUUACUAGGUAGGGUUGUGGAACUAUUAACAUGGAGUAAGGGAUGAGGUGUUUUUUUUUACCAUAUCACUAAUCCUUUUCACAACUCAGCGUUUUAGCCGCCCUAAUCUAUGAGUGGACUAAAUUAGCACUUAUUUUCUGAGUUAAGGUACCUCUGAGUCACACUUACACAAUCAUGUACUCUUUACUCUCCCGCUCGCAAUUUCAUGUACUCAUUUGACACUUUCCUCGUAUUAAAAGUGUCAUUCCCACGUUCAGGGAUUAAAAGUUUCCUUACUCAAUAAUCAGACUAGUACCUAUCAUAUAACAAUACAGUAGUUUCUCCUAGAAGCAAAGACGUUUUGUAGUUUCUUUUAUCUGUUCAGUUCUUUUGAGGCUAACUUUUGUUGUUUACAUUUUUCUAAAGCUUAAAUCUGAUGCCAUAACCUCACCGGUUUUCCCAGUUGCUCCAAGUUUAGAAAUAAUUAAAGUGCGGGGAAUCAACUUUGCUUGCAAGAAGGACACCAACCUGGCUAUCCAAUUUCUUCAAAAAUGCCCAAAGCUAAUGGAUCUGAGAAUAGACGGUGCAUCUCCCUACGUGCAUUUGACAAGUUCAGAAGAUGUAAUUCCAAGCGUUUUGGAAGAUUCUAUAAAUGGCGGCUUUAUAAUUGAUAAGGAUCUGGUCAUGCUUAAAACAGUGAUGAUCCAACCAUUUCACGGUUUCAAACAGGAAAUGCACUACGUUAGAACAAUCCUUUUAAAAUCCCCAGUCCUAGAGGAACUUGUGAUUAUGGGUUCAUGUAAUGUCAAUGCCUCCAUGUCUCUCAUGAUCACAAGGGAGUUGAUGAGUUUCCCUCGUGCUUCUCCAAAAGCGCGUAUUGUCUUCAUGGAGUACCAGGAUUGCUGGGAUUGCUGGUUUUCCUGAGUUAUUGGAAUUUGCUGCACUAUGCUAAGUGCAUGUCCUAAAAGUACAAUCUCUAGCUCAACAGGUUGGCUGUCAUGAGGUUUUCAAAGUGUUUCCAUGUAUUAUGAGAAUGUUGCCUCUAACUUGCUUUGUAGUUGAUUGUGUUUUUUCCCUUGUAGUUCUACCAUUGUAAAGUUUUUCACUUUUAGUCCUCUGACUUAUGUCACUGUUGUGAUUUUGACAUUUUUUUCAAUCGUCCUUCAGUUUUGCUAUAAUAAUUGAAGGAUCGACAUUGUAACAUUAGUUGGAGCACUAAAAGUGUCUGGCUCAAUGCCAGUCGUGCAAUUGAAACAUAGUUAGAAUAGAAGUGGAAGAAACAUGUAAUUACUUCAUUUGUCUGGAAGUUUGUUUAAAUAAAAUUUACAGUGGAGAUUUUAUUACAGAGUAUUAUUUAUUCUCACUGCUUUCU